AUUCAGCCAACGCUGUUCUCCGUUCUACACACAUCAACGGUUACGCAUCAUGAUGGCAUUUCACAUGAGUACUUCAACUUGCUUUGUCGAUUGCUGAAUUAUGCCUCUGUCAACCAUCUUCCGAUCCCCGGAGCAGAAGAGUUGCUCAUUCGCGAAAUCUCUUGGCUGCGGGAUGUGCGCAGGAAAAUGAUGAAACUUGGUCUGCGACCGGUGUCGGAUACAUUACUAGAAGGUCAUUUGACAGUCGCGAAAGAACUCACCAGUUUUAUGACGCCUGAGAAGAAGUACGAGCUGGGACUGAAAACUGUCGAUUCGGAGGAUUGCUGCACCAACCUGAGUGCCGGAGAUGUUUCGGAUUUUCUACAGCAAGAAUAUACGUUGCUGCGAGAUCUUCUGGAUAACUUUUUGUUUCCUGCGACUCGUCAGCUGAUGGCUGUAAGAGGAAGAGAGCGCGCGAUUCCUGAACUAACGCGGGGCAAACUCACCACCCCUGUGUGCAACACGAGAUCAACUUGCAUUGCUGCUUACGAUUUUCUUGUUGCCUUGGCUACUGGCUGUGUUCAG